UCAAUGGAAUAAGGCUAUGAACGAACUAUCUAAAAUUUAUUGCUGAAUACUUUCACUUUCAGUUUCAACAUGUGGCGACAUUGUCGACAAUCUCUUGUGUUAUGCAAUGCUUGUAGCAGAUUUAACCAAGUUUCCCAACGCCAUUUUCUAUCCAGAGAAUAUGCAAUGCAAGAUAUUUGGGAGAACAGGUGGCCAUCUACAGUGGAAAAUGUUCCAUUUGGUCGAUUAUCAGUGAAAAUGGUUGAAAACUUUGAGAAGUUUGGUCGAAGUAGCCUAAUUGACAUGGAAAUGUUUGUAAACAGCUUGAAGAAUAUAUCUCAAGAAAAUAUGGAGCUUGUAGAAGACAUCAUGUACAGGUUUAGACAUUCAGACGAUGCUUUCCCAGUUCGAGACUCCAUCGUCAAUGCUAUUGUAAGAUCCUACAUAGAUUUAGACAUUGCACAACGGCUCGUACCUCUGAUCAAAGACAAGCUAGGCUAUGGCUUACUUCUAGAUUUCUACACAGCAAACCUGUUGAUGAGCCAUUUUCUUCAGAAGAAUUUAAUACAAGAGGCAGCCGAAGUUGCUUAUGAAAUGAUUUUCCAAGAAGACACGAGUCACACUCUUACAAACUGCCUGUCAUUAUACUGCUGUUUAAAACGUUUACAAGACAUCACAAACAUUCAACCAGAAGAAGACCCCCCAAUUAUCCCUGCUGAGGAUGAAGAAUGGGUGAGAGUGAAAAUUGUGCACUACCCUGUGUAUGACGAUCAUUUUGAUAUCCAAAAAGAACAUUUCAGACUAGGAAAAUCUUUGUAUUUUCUUGGAAAAGCAAAUGUGAUACGUGAUGAAAACUCCACUAAGAAAGACUUAGUGAGUCGCUCUCUACAGUUCGUGGGUUUAGGUCUGUAUAACAAGUUCAACAAAGCCCUGGAUUUACUGGAAAGCUGGAUAGCAGAGGGAAAAUCAUCUAAAGCACCUGUUUUAUGCCAAAGUCAGAUUGAGACAUUCAGAAAUCACUUAAACUGGAGUCCCACCAGAGAUCCAGAGGAGGAAGAAUUAGAUCUGGGACAACAGACCAUGGAAUACCAGGCCAGGAAACUUUACCUGACAGAGGACGAGAAGGCGGCCUGUAUAGAGAGGUUUGAAAAACUUGUUGAGGAACUCAAAUCCUUUAAUGGGAUAGCAGACGAAGAUAUAUACACCUACACAAUGGAUAACAUUAAAGCACAAAUCCCAGAUUUACAGAAGCAAGAUAUUGAUACCCAGAAACAGAAAUAUCAGAUAUGGAAAACAGAGAUGGCAGAUCUGUAUAAAAAAGAAUUGAGGGAAGAAGAAAGAAGAAAAAAACAGGAGGAAAUUCAGGUGAAGAUGGCGGAAUUAGCCGAGAAGGAGGAGUUGAUAUUGUCACAUGAGAGGAAGAGGCAUAUACUGUUAGCUCGACACAGAGUUCCCAAGGAGAGGGUGCUGAAGAAGAAGGUGGAGCUAGAUGAAGAUGAAUUAGAAGACAGGAUGAAGGCCAGCAGGGCACUCAUCAAGAAGAAGAAGUAAGCAAAGUCCUGUGGUCAGAAAAUUGAAGAGGCUUGUGCAGAACUGGUAGGAAAAUCUUUAGAUGAAGUAUUUCAUCAACAGAGGAAACAUAUACAGAAGAGAGUGCUUGUGACAUUUCACUUUAAAUUUGAAAAUACUAUGUAUCUCACGCCUAGGAAGAAAGUAAAUGUUAACUUGUAUGACACAAUCAAGUUUCUGAAGAACU